AAACACUUCUCUAUUUUGUUAUCUCCAAAACCUGUCAAAAAAAAAAAUUCAUAACCCAUUUUCUCUAUAAAAUUCCUUCUUCUAAUUUCACAAAAGAAAAGUUUGUGUUUCCAAAGAGGUUGAAUUUUAGAAACACGAUUACAGUGAUUACACGAGUCAACCAAAAGAAAUUCAAUAUAAUCUAUAUUGAGAGAGGAGGUGAUGACCGCUUUGCAAAGGUCGACGACGUCCUUUAGGAGGCAAGGCUCGUCCGGGUUAGUAUGGGAUGAUAGGUUUCUGUCGGGAGAAUUGAACAAGGUGAAGGUCAAUAAGGAAGGCAACAAUGAAACGGUAAGAUCGGAAGCCGUGAUGCGACGGAGCCGAUCGGAAGGAAUGGGAUCAAGAGGAGGACGCUCCCCUCCGACGCCAAAACUCAAGGCGUCAACACCGACAACACCCACGGAGGACCCGCCGUCUCCUAAGGUCUCGGCCUGCGGCUUUUGUGGUGCUUUUGGCAAACGUGCUCCGAAUCUGAAGAAGAGAAAAUGAACGGAGUCAGGUGGUUUCCGAUUGUAUAUUCUGUAUCUUUCUCAAAUAUAUAUAGAGCAGUGUUUAUCAAUUAGAAUCGUAAUAAUUUAUAUGAAAAAAUAUUUAAAAUUUGUUUUGUCUGAAAAAAGAUUAAUAAUAUAUUUGGAUUAAGAAAAAUAAAGAUAAUAAAAAAAAUUUAUUUAG